ACUAUAUUCGCAGUGCAUUGUGGGAGAGCGGAUGCUUAGCUAUGGCGGCGACAGCGAAGAGCUUGAAACUUUUCAUUGUAACCUGUUUACAUCUGGCUUUCUUUUCAACGAACACGUUUAUCCACGCUGCAGACCUGACGUGGGAUGCAAAUGGAUAUGUUCUUUAUUGUCCAUGCAUGGGUCGGUUUGGAAAUCAAGCGGAUCAUUUUCUCGGCUCUUUGGCUUUCGCCAAAAUGCUAAACAGAACUCUAGCGGUUCCGCCGUGGGUUGUUUAUCGACAUCAUGCGCCUCCUUUUACAAACGUGCAUGUUCCUUAUACUGAGUAUUUCCAGUUGGAGCCCCUGAAGCAAUACCACCGUGUGGUCAGUCUGGAGGACUUCAUGAAGCAUUUGGCCCCCAAACAUUGGCCCCAGGGUCAAAGAGUUGCCUACUGCUUUGAGUCUGCCGCUCACAGGAGCCCUGACAAGAAGACCUGUCCUAUGAAGGAUGGGAACCCCUUUGGACCUUUCUGGGACCAUAUUGGAGUCGAUUUUGAUCGCUCGGUACUAUUUGGAAGUCUGUCAUUCAGCUCCUAUUACCAACCACACUGGAAGACGAGGUUCCCCCCAUCAGAGCAUCCGGUUAUAGCUCUCCCAGGAGCCCCAGCACAGUUCCCAGUACUGGAAGAGCAUGUGGGUCUGCAGCAGUAUGUGGUGUGGUCUGACAAGUUAGUACAAGAAGGAGAGAAUCACAUCAACACCCUGUUAACCAGACCCUUUGUGGGCAUCCAUUUGAGAAUUGGUUCUGACUGGAAAAACGCAUGCAAGCUGUUGCAGUCAGGGGAUGCCGGUCCUCACUUCAUGGCAUCUCCGCAGUGUGUUGGGUACGACCGUCAGACCGCACUCCAGUUGACCAUGACCAUGUGUUUGCCAGAGCUGUCUGAGAUCCAGCGUGCUGUCAAACUUUGGGUAAAGAAGACUAAUGCUCAGUCGGUAUACAUAGCCACCGAUUCGGAAACAUACAGUGCAGAGAUUCAGAAACUCUUCAAGGGCAAGGUGAAAGUGGUCAGUUUGCGGCCGGACACGGCUCAGAUCGACCUGUAUAUCCUCGGCCAGGCCGAUCACUUUAUUGGAAACUGUGUUUCAUCCUUCUCUGCAUUUGUUAAAAGGGAAAGAGAUAUUCAUGGGAGACUCUCAUCAUUCUUUGGAAUGGACUUUCCAGGAAUAAGGAAAAGAAAAGAUGAGCUCUAAUGUAAUUUGAGCGAGUUACAUUGUGAUGAACAAUGUUUCAAGUUUGAUUAGAAUUAUUUUGAUUUGGGUUGGAAAUCGGAGGUUUCCGUUUAGAAGUAUUCAAUACCAAAUAGUAUUUAAUUGAGGGGAGAAUAAAGGAAGUUAGUACAUUACUAACUUCACUGGACAUUGCAUAUCAUCAUACACCGAGAUGGAGAGAGUUUAAAAUUUAACAUGCACAAAUCUCCCUAUGCUGAUGUGAGAGUUUUUCUGCCACUCCUUUACUGUGGGCUGCCCAAAAUAAAUCAUUUGGGCCACUACAUCUUUCUUUCCCAGAUAGAUUUAUAUUGGGAUAUUGAAUAUUGCUACAUUGCUAUUAAACUUUUAUAUUGACUGA